CUAUUGCGCAUUGGUCAAUUAGUCGAAUUAUCGAAUACGACUGGUUAUUUCCGUAAGAUCUACGAUUUUCAUUGUCAAAACCCGGUCUGCGAUCACGAGAUUGUUGCAAUUGCCAAGUGGAACCCACUUGCAAUAAAACAGAUGAUUACACGGUUAACCCUGUCACUGUAGCACGCGCCGGACAAAGCUGUCUAUCGACAUUCCCGCAAAUCGAUGUGAGACCAUCGUGAAAGAAUUUUUUCAAGUAUCACCAUGGGGAUACUGGAGAAGAUCUCGGAAAUUGAGAAAGAAAUUGCACGAACGCAGAAAAAUAAAGCUACCGAAUAUCAUUUGGGUCUGUUGAAAGCUAAACUCGCUAAGUACAGGUCUCAGCUUUUGGAACCGUCAAAGAAGUCGGAAAAGGGUGAAGGUUUUGACGUACUGAAAUCGGGAGACGCGAGAGUUGCAUUAAUUGGUUUUCCAUCAGUUGGCAAAUCUACUUUACUCAGCACUUUGACAGCUACAGAGUCGGAAGCUGCGUCGUACGAGUUCACUACUCUGACAUGUAUACCCGGGGUUAUCGACUACAAAGGCGCUAGCAUACAAUUGCUGGAUCUGCCUGGUAUAAUUGAAGGAGCAGCACAGGGAAAAGGACGAGGUAGACAAGUCAUAUCGGUUGCUCGAACAGCUGAUCUGGUUCUCAUGAUGUUGGACGCAACCAAGCAAGACGUCCAACGACAACUCCUAGAAAGAGAAUUGGAAUCGGUUGGGAUUAGACUCAACAAGAAGAAGCCAAACAUAUAUUUCAAGGUGAAGAAAGGCGGCGGUGUUGCUUUCAAUUCUACGUGUCCUUUGACAAAAGUAGAUGAGAAACUAGUUCAAAUGAUUCUACACGAGUAUAAAAUUUUCAAUGCUGAGGUGCUCUUUCGUGAGGAUUGCGGGGCGGACGAAUUGAUUGACGUCAUCAACGCAAACCGAGUAUACUUACCAUGUUUGUAUGUAUAUAAUAAAAUAGAUCAAAUAUCGAUAGAAGAAGUCGACCGGAUCGCUAGGCAACCCAACAGUGUUGUAGUUAGUUGUAAUAUGAAGUUGAAUCUUGAUUUCCUGCUGGAGAUAUUAUGGGAAUAUUUAUCUCUAAUAAGGGUUUACACAAAAAAGCCCGGACAACCACCUGACUUCGUACAAGGUUUGAUAUUGAGGAAGGGGGUGACAGUAGAACACGUAUGUCACGCGAUUCAUCGAACGCUUGCUCAACAAUUCAAAUACGCUCUUGUGUGGGGCACAAGUACUAAAUAUUCACCUCAAAGAGUAGGACUGCAGCAUGUGAUGCACGAUGAGGAUGUCAUACAAAUAAUGAAAAAAUAAAUUCUCUCCUAACGCUCGUAAAAAUCGAUGAGAAAACGUGGAUAGCAAUAUAGGCCUUAUUUAGCCUUCUAUACACUAUACACACACACACACACAUAAAACACGUGUACACAUACAGAAUGUAUAAAUAAAAGAAGAACAGAAAAUUACAAAGUAAACAAAAUUCUAUGGUAUUAAGAUGGAUGUAAUGCGUUUGAAUUGCAUAUUUUAAGAAGCUUGUGACCUGCAGACAACUUGUUUAAAUAAACUUUGUAAAAACAAAUAGUUUUACUUGUUUAUUCGCUUGAUAUCAGGAAAGUGUGUGUGAAUUAAAAUUAAGAAGUUCGAUGGAUAAAUAAAUUCCUCGCGAGUGAAGAUCAUUCGGUUUCUAACGGAACUGAAAUUUGUAACUUGACCGAAGAGUCGAUGAAAGUUUUGAAUGUAAAUUGUUUUCGCGUGAUUAAAAAAGAAAAAAGAAAAACUUUGUAUGGUU